UUUACUCGACAUAUUCGUCGACGUCAUGAUGGUGAACCGGAUCCUAUGGAUGGCGGUUGUCGCCCUCAUUGGAUGACAUUGUUGAGAUCAUGUUUUCCGAAUUACGGCGACGCUGGAAAACUUCGCAAAAUUCGCCACCAGAAAUCGCCACUGGAUGGCUCCAAAACAAGGAAUUCACAGGUGGAAGUUGCGAUGAAAAGCAGCAUACCACAGAGCAGAGCAGUAGCACCAGUUGCUCUUCAGCUGCUUGUUGAAAUGUCUACAGUGUCCAUUAGUCUGUCCAUAAAAUUCCGUUUUCUGUAUUUAUAA